UUAAUAAUGGCUUUCAGUUUUAGUAAGGCCUUGGAAGUGUGAAUUUUGCUUAACAGUUAAUAGUACAAAUAUACGUUUCAUUUUUUAGUGCUCCUUUGGAUUCUGCUAACGUGGCACCAGCUGGAAACACAUCUAUGCUUCGCGCAGUGUACCAGCGAAACCUUUUCAAUUUGUUACGUCGAUAUCGCAAAUAUGACCUCGAAUGGAGAGUCUAGAUUAAGGAACGCUUUUACGACGAGGAAGCAAGUGAGUGUCAACAAGAUGAUCGUGCGUAACAGUGCUUCCGGACCUUUCUUGCAUAGAUUCAACAACCUACUAGAUUCGGUUGUGUAUCAUAACUAUCGGGAAGCCAUCUUCCAUUUACCGAACGGUAGCACCAUAACCGAAAUCACUGUUUGGCGUGCUCCAGCCAUGCGUGCGUUUGUAGCUGGAUCAAACGCCCACCUGAAAGUCCUGAGCAUUGCACACUGUUCUUUAGCUCGUAUACCGAUCACAUUACCCCAAUUGACCACACUGAAAAGUCUUUCUAUAGGAGAUUGCAAGUUGACAUCGUUUAAAUUGGAUAUGGUGUUAGCAAACCAGAUGCUAACAACCUUGAACAUGUGCUGUAAUGAAAUACGCCAACUCGUACGCGAAUCUCCCCAGCCACAUUCCCUCAAAAUUCUACCGAACUUGGAAUACUUCAUACUAUAUAAAAACAAGCUGACACAGUUGGAUUUGAGCUAUUUCGAAUCAUAUCCAAAUCUUACAAACAUUGACAUUUCGAACAAUCAAAUCACAACAGUACGCACCUCAUCUCCUGUCCGUCUGUCUGUUGUGCAUCUGAAUUUAAUGCAAAACCAGCUCACUACGUUCAACAUCACCGGCUGCAUUAUGCCAAACAUAACUUCACUGCUCCUCACUGGAAAUCCACUGACGGUUAUUCCUCCGGUCUUUGAUAACUAUCCAAACAUGCACCUGGUAAUGAGUUGGCAUACGCUUAUCUGCGAAACAUUGCUGCCCUUGAAAGAGCAGAUCCUAAGUUCAAAACUUAAGAUACAGUCGGUUCAUGCUUCCCAAUGUACUUCCGGACAUUUCUAUCUAUCCUUGAAAAAAAUGCAGGAAUGUUGUGGCCAAUCUCUUUGAUGUUUAAGGUACUCCAAACAAUGUCAAACAGUGUGCAAAAGUAAUAAAUUGUAAAAUAUUAUCUUUAUGUUUACGGCAAUAGUACUGUUGCAUGAAACGGUGCCACUUAAAUAUUAGUAACAUUCUUCUUCAAGUAAAAACAUUUCUAACUGUUAUAAUAAACUAAGUUGAUCAGAAAAGAUAUCAAUAAACCGGUCGAACAUUCGUACUGAUUUAGUAACUAGGUCCUACUGUAGGUAUUUUUCAGUGAAGUUACUUCAAUAGUUCAAUAGCUUACUAAUGAUUUAUUUUACUCUAGUUAUAAAGCAGUAUGAUUUAUUUGGAUGUAAUUUAAUUUGGAUAAUUUAAUUUACACACAAAAAACGUACCAAGAUAGUUCGUACCAAAAAGCAAUAAAAUCAAACAUAAGCAUCGUUCAUGGUAUGACCUGGAAAAUGAGGAUCCUGAAUACCUUCCUGACACUAACGCUUUUACUGGAUCCUGUGGCUAUGUCACGAACUAGACACACACACACACACAUCUGUGAUUGAUGCAGGAUAGUGAUCCAUACAACUGUUGCUGUGGGGAAA